AUGGUCGCUGCUGCUGCCUCGCUUCCUAAUGGGACGGCCGACGCCCCCAUCGUCGACCCUUCCCUCGCGCCCUCUGGUGAAACCGACGAUGUCGUAGAUGAUGACAGCUUCAGCGAUGCCUACGGCGAAGAGACAGAGGACGUGGCAGUAGAGCCUCCGCGGCAGGAGCUCGUCGACAACAAUGACGACUACGCCAAGACGUUUGAUUCUCCUAUCGGUCCCGAGGAAGGGGAAGACCAAGAUGUAUCAUCAGAACAACGAGAAUCCAACGAGAAUUCAUCAUCAUUUUUAUCCGAUCAUUUGACUAGUCGCCCAUCAGACGUCUCUCAUAUCGCUGCUGAUUCAUCCGCGUCUGCCCCAGCUGCUCAGAACCCAUCUCUCUCUACCGCCCAGCCCGAUGCUGGUCCUGAGCCCGCCAUGCCGCAAGUUAGCGAUGCACGCGCUGCUUCCAUCCCGUUUGUGGCUCAACCCACGCCGCCCGGAGCUGGCCCUGCCAGGCAAGACUCCGAGAACUCUUCAUCUCUUGACAUCCAACAGCUCGUGGCUGACCUCACUGCCCAUCCCGCUGAGUCUAGCCCCGGGAACCCUGACCCAACGGCUGAUGUCCCGGUGGCCUCUAACCCCUUUCCCCCAACUGCUACCUCAACCACCACCACCCUCCCUACUGCUCUGCCAUCAUCUUCCUCUCUCCCACCGCGCCCUCCAUUGCCGCAGGUCGCCCCCCAAUCGUAUGCUUCUCAGCACCAUCCUCCCGGAACCAAUCCCAAUGUCCCAGGAAGCGUCGGGGUCUCGCCCACGCCGGGACAGCCCUCCACUUUUGCUAUUGCUGCCCAAGAUGCCGACUAUCAGCGACAGUGGGACCAGUUCAUGGCCGAUGAGCGACAGUACAUGUCGGAGGCCAAGUGGGAUCGUUUCCCUGAAGGGUCGCGUAUUUUCAUCGGAAAUCUCUCCAGCGACAAGGUUUCCAAACGUGACGUGUUUGAUAUAUUUCACAGAUAUGGCAGGCUGGCCCAGAUUUCUCUCAAGUCAGCGUAUGGAUUCGUGCAGUAUCACACCGUCGAGGAAGGCCGUAGUGCCCUAGAAAACCUUCAGGGCAUGGAAGUCAAAGGACGCCGUAUCCAUUUGGAAAUUUCUCGGCUCCAAGAUAAAUCCAAGAAAGAGAGGAACCGUAGUCCUGAGCGGGCCCGCGGACGUGAGGGCGGCCGUAGAGGAGAAAAAUACCGUGAUGAUAAUCGAUCAGCGCGCAAUCAGUCGCCUCGUCGUAAUGAGUAUUAUGGCAGGGCCGACAGAGCUGACAGAGCCGACCGGACUGACAGAACCGAGAGCUAUGGCCGGGAUCGAGGAUACUAUGACUUGGGCAGAGGCCGUGGCCGCUCCCGAUCUCCCAACGGAUAUACCAGGAACGAAAAAGAUUCCUACCGUAGGAGAUCACCCAGUCCCUACAACAGAUCGCGGCAUGAGGCAGAGCUUGAUCUACCGCGUCGAUAUGGCGCAGACGUUCCAGACGUGCAAAUCAUUAUGCAGCCAGAUGUCAAUCGGGACUUUGGCACUUGGGUCGAGGGCGCCUUUAAAGCCAAAGGCCUGAGAACCAACGUCAUGUAUCUCCACCCGCGAUUUCCGAAGGACCAAGUCAUCCAACGACAGGCGGCCGAGGGCGUACAUGGAGUUGUAGACUUGGACCUCCGCGCCCAAGGUAUGGCGAGGAUUCCCGUCCACUCAUUCGACCGGUCCGGCGGCAUCCACAAUGUCCGUUUCGAGCAGUAUGUCGACCUGGAACCAAGCACUGCGGCAGAAGUCAUCAUGCGAGCCAAAACUUCUGCUUCGGGCGCUGCCAACUAUGGCCAACCCUAUGGAGGCGCCGGUGGAUAUCCUGCACAGUAUGGUGCACAGGCCCCGCAACCUCCUCACGUAGCUGCGUAUCCUGGUAUGCAGCAGCCCGGUUCGUACCCACCGCAACCUGCACCAUCUGCCGCCGACCUCGCGAGUCUCAUCGGCCAGGUAGACAACAACACGCUGCAACGGCUCUUGUCCACCAUUCAGGCAGGGCCUGCGGGAGUGGUGCCUGGCGGACUCGCACACGGCGGCGCCAAACCCGCGGCGCCAGCAACCAAUGCACCCGUCGAUAUCCAAGCAAUCUUGGGGUCUCUCAAUGGAGGAGCAGCACCACCGCAGCCACUCCACGCAGGCCAUCCUCAGAUGCAAUACAGCGCGCCAUACAAUGGCCAGGCGUCCGUGGGCGUCGCGCAGCAGGCGGCGGGCACCGGCGACGCGGCGGCUCAGGUGCAGAAUAUCAUGGCUCAGUUGGCUCGUUAUCGACAGUGA